AUGGAGGACUACUCCAAGACUCCUGAUGCGGCAGCCAUGAAUGCACCCGCGACCAAGGCUGGCGAAGUCGACGGCGACGAGCUGCGGCUGGCUCAGAUGGGCCACACACAAGAACUGAAGCGGCACUUUACCACACUUUCUUUGAUCGGGCUGGCGUCCACCACGACCAUCUCUUGGACCGGCCUGGGUUUGGGUAUAGUGACCGAGAUCAACGCCGGCGGUCCUGGGGCCAUCAUCUAUGGGUUCAUUCUUGUCACGCUCCUCCAGUGCUUCCUGGGAGCUUCGCUCGCGGAGUUCGUGUCGAGCUACCCGACCGAAGGCGGCAUGUACCACUGGAUCGCGGCCGUGGCCCCCAAGCGGAUGAUGGCGUUCUUGAGCUUCGUCACCGGCUGGUUCACCGUGGCUGGAUGGAUUUUCACGACCGCCUCGACGAAUCUGAUCUACGCUCAGACCCUUGGGGCUCUGAUUGCCGUGUACCACGAAGACCUCGUCUUGACCACCUGGCAGAUUUUCAUCAUCUACCAGGGGCUGAACCUGCUCACCGCGGCCGUGGUCAUGUUUGGCAACCGGGUGAUCCCGGCGUUGAACAAAUUCUCCCUCUUUUACCUACAAAUCGGCUGGUUGGUGGUCCUGGUCACCGUGGUCGCAUGUGCCCCGACGCACCGUCGCAGCGAAUUUGUCUUUCGGACCUGGAUCAACAACACCGGGUGGAACAACUCGGUCAUCUGCUUCAUCACGGGCCUCGUCAACCCACUCUACAGUCUGGGCGGCUUGGACGGUAUCACGCACAUCACGGAAGAAAUGCCAAAUCCUUCCCGCAACGCCCCCAUUGCACUUUGCAUCACCCUGUCCAUUGCGUUUUUCACCGGCAUCACCUACCUGAUCGGUCUCAUGUUCAGUGUCCAGGACUAUGCGGCGUUGUCCACCACCAACACGGGCCUGCCGCUGUGCGAACUCUUUCGACAAGCGACCCAGUCUGCCGGUGGCGCUUUUGGUCUGACCUUCAUCCUCUUCGUCGCACUCGGACCCUGCGUCAUCUCAUCCCAACUGUCGACCGGCCGUGUCUUUUGGGCCUUUUCUCGCGACAACGCCCUACCCUUCUCCCCGGUGUGGGCUCGCGUCAGCGGCCGCUUCGGCAUGCCGCUCAACGCGCAGCUCGGCGUGACCGCCGCCAACGCCCUGCUCGGUUGCAUCUACCUGGGCAGCAGCACCGCAUUCAACAGCAUGCUGGGCUCUGCCGUCACCAUCAACAACUGCGCCUAUUUGAUCCCGAUCCUGACCAACAUGUUGACCGGGCGCAGGAACAUGUACCGGGGUUGGUUCCACAUGAACGGGCUCUUGGGUUGGGUCGUCAACGGCGUGACGGUCUGCUGGCUGCUCUUCGCCAUCGUCUUCUUCAGCUUCCCGUACAGUAAGCCGGUCGAGGUGUCCAACAUGAACUACACCUGCGUUGUUCUCGGCGGCCUCGUGGUGCUGAUUCUGGGAUGGUGGUUUGUGGCGAAAGGGAAAUAUAAGCAGAAGAUUGCGGCGGCCAAGGAGCAAUAG